UACCUGCGGUGACUCUUCUCCUCCUUUAUCCUCUCUGGCUCUCUCAUGUUGCCUCCUUUUCUUUACCGGGGUGCAUUUCGGGUUUUCUCCCGAUGUGGACGCGUUUAAUCCGGCUCUGAAACUCGACCCGGUACCAGCACCGGAACCAGGGAUACAAACUCACUUUAAAACACCAUCAAUCGUUGUUUUUGGCACAUUUUCUCCAUUUGUUCUACCUGUUUCUGAGGACAGAAGCACCUGUUGCUCACCUGUCAGCAAGGAAGUGAGGAAACACGAGAGGAGCCGAAGAAGGAAUAUAACUAAAAAAAUAUAUAUAAAGGAGGGACAAACACACUUUUAGUCAACAUGGAUUUAAUGGAUUCAGGACCGAAGUUCAACCCGAGACAGGACACGGACUGGGACGCGGCCUUGCAGUUCCUCCCGGCCCCCGACCCCCGGCAGCAUCAGAAGAAGCCGGGUCAGAGGAGGCAGAUGUGGGUCGGAGUCGGUCUCCUAUUGGCUGCUUCUGCUGUCGCUCUCAUCACCGGCCUGCUGGUGUGGCACUUCCACUUACGCAGAGACGUCCGAGUGCAGAAGAUUUUUAUCGGCUCCAUGGGGAUCGAUAACCAGCCGUUUGUCGCCGAGUACGAAGAUCCAGAAAACCCCAAAUUCACUCACCUGGCGUCUCUGGUCAGGAAGCAGCUGAAACUGAUUUACUCCAAAAACUCUGUGCUGGCCAAACACUUCAAAGGCGCCUCAGUGCAGGCCUUCAGUGAGGGAGACAGCGGCACAGACAGCGUCAUGGCGUAUUAUCAGUCGGAGUUCGAUGUUCACGUCAGCCAGCAGGCGGCGCUGGACGAGGCCAUCGAGUCUCAGCAGGCGACGGCCUCGCGUCACUCAGGACGACACGGACGAAUCCUGCUGAAACCUGCCGACGCUCUGAACGUCCACAACGUCGUGUCCCGAGCUAUAGACCCACGCUUGAACAGGAACUCUUUAUUGGUGAAAAAGUCGUUUGAUGUCCACGUCAAAGAGCCCGGUGUGGUUCAGUCUCCGGGGUUUCCGGACUCUUCCUACCCUCCGAACGUGUUCCUGCAGUGGAGGCUCCGGGCCGACCCAAAGCACCGCAUCUGGCUGGACUUCCACACCCUGAUCCUGGAGGACGACUGCCAGCAGGACUUCAUCCAGAUCUACGACUCCCUCGCCCCCAUCGAGCCCCGCGUCCUCACUGAACAGUGUGGAUAUCCUCACGGCUCUCUCUCCUUCGUCUCCUCUGGAAACGUCCUCCUGCUGACGCUGAUCACCAGCGAGGAGAAACACUUCCCUGGAUUCAGAGCCAACUACUCCCAGAUCCCUCUCACUGAGCAAGUGUGUGGAGGAGCACUGACUGCAGACAGAGGCUCCUUCUCCUCGCCGUUCUUCCCCUCCAACUAUCCUCCAAAAACCACGUGUGUGUGGACCAUCGAGGCUCCAAAGGAGAAGUUUUUGAAGGUUCAGUUCAACAAGUUCUUCCUGGGGAAAUACAGCAGUCAGUGCCAAAAUGAUUAUGUGGAGGUCAACGGUCAGAGAUUGUGUGGCAGUAAACCGAAGAGCACCGUGGUCACCAGCCGGAAAAAUAAGAUGACGAUCACAUUUAAAUCAGACUCGUCUUACGUAGACCAGGGUUUCAUCGCAGAGUACGAAGCAUUCAUCCCGAAUAACCCGUGUCCGGGGAGGUUUCAGUGCACCAACAAUCUCUGCAUCAACAGCACGCUGCAGUGCGACGGCUGGAACGACUGCGGAGACGGCAGCGACGAGGACGACUGCAAGUGUGAGGCGGUUCAGAUGAAGUGUAAAAACGGCCGCUGCAAACCCAAGUUCUGGGAGUGUGACGGGUUUGACGACUGUGGGGACAGCACUGAUGAGGAGAACUGUGUGAAAUGCAAACCAGGAGAGUUUUCCUGCAGAAACAACCGCUGCAUCCCGGAGAACUUAAAAUGUAACGGAAAGGAUGACUGCACAGACGGAUCAGAUGAGUCCAAGUGUGAGAAAUCUUUGGUGCUGCAGACGUGUUCAGAGUUCACUUUUCGCUGCAGCAAUGGACGCUGCAUCAGUAAACUGAACCCGGAGUGUGACGGAAAGACUGACUGUGAGGACGGAUCUGACGAGGAAAACUGCGGGUGUGGGACGAGGCCGUACCGCAGCUCUCGCAUCGUGGGGGGCCAGGCGUCCCGGGAGGGGGAGUGGCCCUGGCAGGUCAGCCUCCACAUCCCGGGGGUGGGUCACGUCUGCGGGGCGUCGGUGCUGAGCAACCGCUGGCUGCUGACCGCCGCACACUGCGUGCAGGACAGCGGAGUCAACAAGUACUCUCAGGCGGACCAAUGGGAGGCCUUGCUGGGUCUGCAUGUUCAGAGUCAGACCAACGAGUGGAUGGUGAGGAGGAAACUGAGGCGGAUCGUUGCUCACAAGGACUACAACACCUUCACCUACGACAACGACGUGGCUCUGAUGGAGCUGGACUCGAACGUCACGCUCAACCAGAAUAUCUGGCCCAUCUGCCUGCCCUCGCCCACAUACGACUUCCCAGCAGGCCAAGAGGCGUGGAUCACCGGCUGGGGCGCCACCAGAGAGGGAGGCGGUGUUGCCCCCAUCCUCCAGAAGGCGGAGGUUCGGGUCGUCAACAGCACGGUGUGUAAGACUCUGAUGGACGACGAGGUCACCGACAGGAUGAUCUGUGCCGGGGUCCUCAAAGGAGGCGUGGACGCAUGUCAGGGAGACUCCGGGGGUCCGCUGUCCGUCACCGGCUCCAGUGGGCGGGUCUUCCUGGCCGGCGUGGUGAGUUGGGGCGACGGCUGCGCUCGCAGGAACAAACCCGGCGUCUACGCCCGGAUCACCAAGUUCAGGCGCUGGAUAAAGGAGAACUCAGGAGUGUAGAGGACGGGUAACUCUCAAGGACAUCUAUACCUGACUCAAUUCGUUGUAUUGGAAUACGCAGUAAAAACCUGUGAAACAGACUUUCAUUUUAGAGGUUUUUCUAAGUUUACAAAUGUUCUUUAAAUCAAGAAAGCAGUUGACCGCACUGCUUCUGCUCAGAAACAGAAAAACACUUUCCUGCAAAAUGUCGUAUCGUUCAUGUUGGGGAGUAGGGAAAUAUUCUCAUGUAUAUAUUUUUGCUAUAAAAUACUUAAUAAAAUAAAAAAUGUGUUUGGAGAUGAAACACUUGAAAUGUUUCCCCAAGCUCAGAGGUGAAAUAUAAUUUAGUACAUUAACUCCAGUACUGUACUUAAAGUUAGGGUAGGUAAGUUUCAGAAGCCGGCUCGAGUGCACUAAAAUUUGAAAGUACACAGCCGAAAAUAAUCCGCCCCUUCCUUCAGAGCACCUCCUCCAACACACAUGAACGCACAAUGACGGCACGAGAUACAUUUGUGCGUGCAGGAGAUGGAAGGCUGACAGACAGGGCGGCAAUCCAAUCCGUUUAGCCGGCCCUGGCUAAACGGAUUGGAUUGCCGCCCUGCCUGUCUGUGUCAUGCCUGUCUGUUUUUUGUCUGUCGUACUUUUCACAGAACUACGGCUUCCACAGAUGACAUUUUUUUAUGGAUUCUUUGUCAAAGCACUUAAGAUAUUCAUUGCUAUCGGGAUGUUAAGAGCAUUCCAUGGAAUAUAACAAGUGUAUGUCGAGCCGGUUUCUGAAACUUACCUACCCCACCUUUAUGUACACAUUUGAGUAUUUCAAUGUAUUGCUACUUCAUACUUCUACUUCAUGAGAUCUCAGGGGUAAAUAAGGUACUUUUUAAUCCACUACAUUUGUCUGACAGCUUUAAUAUGUUUUAAGAUCACGGUUUUUCUUUCCUACUCUCAUUUCUAUGUAAAGAUUUUGAAUGUUUGUUAUGAAUUGUAGCUUUGUGUGUCGAGGAAACGGCGCUGUUUUCUGAGAUACUCAUUCAAGUGUCCUCACCAAAGACAUGUGGUUGUCACAGGACAAAGCCAUGAUGAUCUUAUAGAACAAAUGUGUGUUUUAAAUAGAAUAUAUAAAAGCGUCUCAGGUUUAACAGAAAUGUUAUUAGUAAAUUAGGAAGAUGUAUCAGUCAUCCAAUCUGUAUUUGGAGGAUUGUAGAUUUGCAUAUUGUGUUUCUUUGCUUAUAUUCUCCCAAAAUAAGAUUUGAUUUGUUGCGCUCUUAUUGGACAGCCUAUUUUAUUGAAAUAGAUAGAAGUAGAUUAUAUGUUACCGUGUUCGUAGACAUUGUGAUGAUUACACCAAUAGCUUUAGAUGAUUUAUCAAUAAUAACAGAUUAUCUGAAUAAAUAAUAUAUAUAUAGCAUUUUUCUGUUUGUCACCAUAGUAAAAACACAAAUUCAGUUGGCUACGAUCCAGCAAACUGUAAACAAGAAGCACUUUGUUGUUUUGUUGUUGUGUGAAAUGUUUUUUCAUUGAUAGCAUUUCUUUGUUCUCUAUGUUUGAGAACCUAAAAUGUUAAGUUUUUGUUACAUUUCUUGUUUUUUAAGGCUGUGUUUUGCCCUCUCUGCGGUGACACAUUUUCUGCUGAAUGUAUUUAUUAUGUGAACAGACUUUCCUCCUUCAUCUGUCUCUGAGGUUUGGUUGCAGGGUUAUUGAAAACUUUGCAGAUAUGGUAAUAAAAUUCAAAGGAUGACG